AUGGAUCUUUGGACAGGUAUCAGAAGGAGCCAGUAUAGUAUCCUUUCGGACAAAGACUUGGACAAAGACUCGAUCUCAUCUAGCCGCUGUGGAAGUCUCUUUACUGAACCAUUGAAGUUAUCAAGAAGUACAUUGAUCACCGUCUUAAUACUGUUGGCAUCUAUCAUCUCAGGAAUCAGUGGUUAUCUCAUAGGAAGGCAUUGGGUAAUAAGGGGCAACAACAGUUUGAUACAGUUGAGCAAUGUCCCCAUUACUUUCGAACGUGAAUUCGACUUCGCUGAGGCCCCUUCGAACUUCACGAACCAACGCUGGAACUCUCUUUUUCCCCUGAAUGAUGGUUUCUUUGAACACCUUGAUGUCGGACCCGACCCUGUUACUUUUGCUGUCUUUCAUCAGCUUCACUGCCUGGACGGAAUCCGCCAUGCCUAUUGGCUUAUACGUAAUGGAAACCAUUCAGAGGGAGGAAAUUCCAGUCAUGCUGAGAAUUCAGCAAAUGCUCGUGUACAGCAUUGCCUAGAGUAUCUCCGGCAAAGUCUCAUGUGUACAGCUGACACAACAGUCGAGCCUGUGGGCAGAGGAUCCAAAGGUAAAGCUAUUGUACAAGGAUUUGGUACUCAACAUUUGUGUAAAGAUUUUCAUCAAUUAAUAGAAUGGACUUCUCAAUGGGAAAACCCAUUCGAAAAGAUUGAAUAA